AUGCCACGCCCUUUCUUCCACAAGCUGAUUUUCUCAUCCACUAUCCAAGAAAAACGUCUGAGAGUCCCAGAUAAGUUUGUGAGUAAAUUCAAGGACGAGCUUUCCGUUGCAGUAGCACUCACAGUACCUGAUGGUCACGUCUGGCGUGUAGGACUAAGAAAAUCCGACAACAACAAAAUCUGGUUUCAAGAUGGUUGGCAAGAGUUUGUUGACCGUUACUCAAUCCGCAUUGGCUACCUUUUGAUUUUUAGAUACGAAGGCAACUCUGCCUUCAGCGUCUACAUUUACAACUUAUCACACUCCGAGAUCAACUACCAUUCCCCUGCUCUCAUGGACACUCCACACAACCAUUUGAAACGCGCCCGUUUGUUUGAAGACCUUGAAGAUGAAGACGCCGCAGAGGUUGUUUUUCCUUCUUCAGUGUAUCCAUCAACACAGCAUCCUGAAGGUACUGCACCAGGUAAUAAAGGGUUUGCUAGUUCAGCUAUCCAGAGCUUCUUCGCAGGACCUGUUAAAGCUGAAGAGACAACACCAACACCAACACCAACUCCUAAAGUUGCGAAAAAGAGAGGGAGGAAGAAGAAGAACGCUGUUCCUCCUGAGGAAAUAAACUCAUCUGCUCCGCGGGAUGAUGACGCGGAGAGCCGUGCAAAGUUCUACGAGAGUGCUUCUGCGAGAAAGAGAACGGUGACUGCAGAAGAAAGAGAGAGGGCCAUCAAUGCAGCUAAAACGUUCGAGCCAACAAACCCUUUCUUUAGAGUUGUUCUCCGACCAUCUUAUCUAUACAGAGGUUGCAUCAUGUAUCUGCCUUCUGGUUUUGCUGAGAAGUACUUAAGUGGGAUCUCAGGAUUCAUCAAGGUCCAGCUCGGGGAGAAACAGUGGCCAGUGAGAUGCCUUUACAAAGCAGGGAGAGCCAAAUUCAGCCAAGGGUGGUAUGAGUUCACUCUGGAGAACAACCUUGGAGAAGGUGACGUCUGCGUGUUCGAGCUGCUCAGAGCCAGAGACUUCGUUCUGAAAGUGACGGCCUAUCGAGUCAACGAGUAUGUAUGAAACAGAUAUCACUCUCUGUAGUAGGUUACUAUGGUGUCACUGAUUGAUCUGCAGUGGUGGAGAUAUCAAACUGCAAUUUCGUGUAGGGUGUCUUAAUUUAAAACAGCUAAACUCUCUUUCUAUAUCUGUGUCAUUGCGUCAGUGUGUUCUCGGAGUUUCUGAUUGUUUUAUAUAAUCUCUUGAGUGCAAGUGCAACUCAAAAUUGUUAGGCUUAAGAAGUUUGUAAAUACCUAAUCUCCAUCAACUUUGUUAGAUACUUGUGCCCCAAGAAAGUUGAUUGAUGGAGAUUAGUUUGUUGUGUGUUGAUUCUUCGAUUUUUUCUCUUUCAUGAGCAUUAUAAUUUUUACUGAGUUGAACAUUUGUA